AUGCAGACCAGAAGAAACAGAUAUACCGCUCCUACACCUGCUCCUAAAUGCGAUCACUCUCCUCAACCUCCAGCUCCUCAACCUCCAGCUCCUCAACCUCCAGCUCCUCAACCUCCAGCUCCUCAACCUGCUCCUGCACAGCAACCUGUUACUGAUCAACAACCUGCUCCCAAUUCUCCUCAACCUCCUGCUCAGCAAGCUGCUCCUGGACACCAACCUGCUACUGAUCAGCAACCUGCUCCCAAUGCUGCUGCUCUGCCUACUGGUCGCAGAACGAGGCGGAUAUUUUCUUUAGACGGGGUUAUAGCGGAAUACGACGCCGUUGUGCAGCUAGUCAACUCUGGUCUCUCAAAGUCUGCCGCUCUGGAGCAGAUACACAUUUCUCGGAGUCACUUCUCAAGAAAGCGAUGUAUCGCUGAAGCAGCAAAAGUUGACCUACCAGGUGUCCAACACGCACUGCUGCAACUACGAGACGUCAGACUUCCUAGUGUUUACACCUUCGCAAACGAGAUCUGCAACCGUAAUCUUGCCACUCUUAGGACCCUUUGUACCCAAGGCGUCGUCCUAGCGCCCAAAAACAAUUACACUGCUCCUCCACCACGAAGAAAUUGA